GUUUAUCUGAGAAGAAUAAAAAGGAAUAGAUAAUGUGUGUGUGUACAUAUGGUGUAAAAGAAUAACAAGAGGCCACUUAAAAAAGUCACAUUGAGGCUCGGACACCAUAAGGUGUUAGAACAACUGAUGAUGGAAGAAGAAUCAUCAUUGAGUUCAGAUAGCAGUUCAGAAUCGGACUAUAGUGAGAAUGAAGGAAAAAAAGAACAACCGAGAAAACGGAAAAUGACAACACAAAGAUAUUCUAGGCAGUCUUUAGAAAAACUUAUAGAAGACAAAUCUUCACUUCCUGUCACAUGUGGGGAUAAAGAAGGUUCCUUGUUUAUUGAGAAAUUUAAUAACAGUGAGAAAUGCAUCUUGAGCGAAGAUCAGUGGUUUAAGCCCAGUGAAUUUGAGAAGUUUGGAGGGAAGGAGAAAAGCAAAAAGUGGAAGACCAGCAUACUUUGCGAUGGCAUUCCAUUCCAGAAACUCAUAGAGGAUAAACUUAUUUCAUGCCCAGUCUUUAAGAAAAGAAGAAUUGAACAUGAAAAGAGUGAAUCUCGUGAAAGCUCACCUGUCACUGUCAGGCUCAGAAGAACAAAGAGUGAAUCGCGUGAAAGCUCACCUGUCGCUAGCAGACUCAGAGAAACAAAGAGAAACUGUUCUGAAUCCUCAUAUGAAUCUGGCACACGCAGAAGAACAAAGGCUAGGAAAAAGCUGGUUUCCUCCAGCUCUGAAUCAGAAGGAAGAGACAGUGUCCACUAUGAGAACAAUGACAACAUCAACAACAACAGUGAUGAUGAUGAUGAUGAUGAAAUUAACAUUACCAUGUUUCAAAGUCCAACCCUACCUGUUACCUGCGGCUCUGUCACUGGCACUCUUCACAAAAAACGCUUUGCUAAAGGACACUGUGGGAAAUGCAUAAGGACUGAGGAUUUAUGGCUUACACCUGAGGAUUUCCUCAGACUGGGCAAACAAGAUGGGAUAUGGAGGAAAGACAUUGUGGCUCAUAAAACAACGCUCGGAAAACUUCUAAUGAGAAGAGUUUUGGAACUUCAUGCAGUCAACUGUGAUUGUAAUGUCUGUGAAGAACUCAAUCAAACCAAUGAUGACGGCUGUUACAUCUGUGACUCUGAAGAAGAUCUUGUGUGCUGUGAUGAGUGUCCACGAGCUUUUCAUCCACACUGUCACCUACCAGCUGCUGUGGACAUCGACUCUGGAAUCCAAUGGAGCUGUACAUUUUGUAUGAGGAAAACAUUUAAGGGAUCGAAUCAAAAGACACAACAGGAGGUUUUAAACAGUCCACUUUCGCAGUACAAACUGCACUGCCAGUAUUUGUUGUUAUACCUGCUGCGCGAGUGGACUGCUGAGCCCUGCACCAAAGUUUUAGACAAUGAGAGUAAAUGUAAAGCAGAUGGCAUCAGGCUGAAUUUACAGAAUGACAAUUACCAAACAGUGGGCGAGUUUGUCAAAGAUAUUGAAAACAUUUUUCAACACGGCACCUCUAAAAGGGAUAAUGUCUUCAACAGAAUGGAGCAUUUGUUUAAGAAGGAGUUUGUGACCAUCUUUAAACUUCUAUAACAUUAUGCAUUAAACAAAUCACUGUAUUCAAAACAAAGCAAAAAUAAUGCUGAAUUGUGUGUACAAAAAUGACAGAAAAAUAAAGAAUGGUUAGGUUUUUACUAAAUGAUAUGAGGCUUGCGCUUAGAGACUUUAAUUAUUUGGCUACAUUCACACGACCAAGUCUCAAAAUGUAUUUUAAAUUCACCUGUCAAAUGGAUAAAGAAAAGGCGUUGGCAAAAGUUUCAAAAAUAAAAUCCUAAACCUGUU